AUGAAUACUUCUUUUCAUUUUGCUUUAUUGCGGGUAUCAAUUUUGCAAAUACUAAAGGCUUCUGGUUUUGAAAAAUGCAAUCCUUCGGUCUUGAAUGCAUUGACAGAUAUUUAUAUUCACUUUUUUAAUCUCUUAGUCAGACAGUCCAUCAAGCUUAGCAUACAGAGGAAAAAUUCAAGCUCUAUAGGAUUACAGGAUGUAACACAAGCAAUGUUGAAUGUUUCUUUGAUCAAACCUGAUAGCUUUGAGCCUUACUUAAAUUUCUACGACCUACCUAAAUUUAAUGACUUACGAGAUACGAAUUCAACUUUAUUGAAAAGUUAUAAUACAAAAACGAUGAAAUCAUUUGCCAACUGGGUUCGAUAUAGCGAUUCCUUUCGUAUAGGUAAAAAAUUAAGUGAAGUGCCUAAAGAAGUCAUGCGUAAUCUAAUGCAAAAGAGAAAGAUUGACCUAGAUGAUUCUAGCGAGCAGGAUAAGAAAAGGAGGAGACAUAAGGAAAAACAGGAUUACUACAAUAAACUUAGGUUGAAUGAUGAGCAAGAUUUCUCAUAUUUAGAAGAAGAUCAAGAUGAUGAACUCGUGGAUAAAUCCUACAACCUUUUGUGGCUAAAUUAUUUGAUUGAAAAGGACUUAAAGCUAGGCCACAAUUUGAAAUUUUUUAAUUCAAGCCUUUUCAAAGAAUUCCUCAAAUUGCAGAAUAAUCCAAAUUUCCACCCGAUCACUGACAAACAGAGUCAAGACUUAGAACAACAUUUGAUAUCAGCCAACAAGAACGAUCAUAUUGUGCUUGGCGUGGAUGAAUCUGCUGAAAAUCCUGUCUUCCCAUCCAGCCAAUUGACAAGUAUACUCCCGUACAAUUUAACAUAUAAUCCUACAUUAGUAGAUGGCAUAGAAAGUGAUGAAAAUGACGGAAUCGAAAACGAUGAAAUAGGUGAAAUAGAAACCUAA